AUGGAACAGCUGGCACGUGUGUUUGUGGAUCUUUUUGUGAAACGUACGAGUAUGAGGGAGAGUGGUAUUGGAGUUGUGCUUGCACAAAAAUUCACGGAGCCGAAUACGACGAUUGCACGAGAUGACGGAGGCUAUUGUUGUACGGGAGAUUUAUGCAAUAAAAAGCCACUACCAUCAACCGCACCUACUGUAGCCCCAACCGUGAGCCCAUGCUCUAUGUGUCAAUAUGUUGUCAAUCAGGCAAUUAACCACUUCAGAACGGGCGAAUCGAAGGCGGAUGUGCAGCAAGAUUUAAUAAAUGAUUGUCAAAGUCUCAAGAGAUUUUACGGAGAUCAAGCGGUGACUGACUGCAUACAAUGGGUCACCGACAACCUCAAUGUCAUCUAUGUGGACCUGAAAAAUGAUAAAACCGCCGAUCAGACCUGCAGAGAUAUGCAAGUAUGC